CAAUAAAACCGAUAAGCCUUCCUCAGCGUCAUCUUCCUUCAAUCAGCUCUCACAACCAACACUCCUUUCUUUCACUUCAACAACUAACAAGAAAUGAUCUCACUCAACCCCUCCACUCACCACAACGGAUCCUCAUUCCACUACAAUUCUUCAAAUCUUCAACAAAAUUUCAUUCCAACAAUCAUUAGAAUUAAGCCGAAUUUCGCACCUCCAUUCCACACCAAAACAACAACCUUCAGAACCCAAGCCGAACAGGCCGGAUCAUCAGGGAACGGCGCUCAAAGACGGACUUUCUUGACCAUCGAAGAAGCCGGCCUCGUAGAAGUAUCCGGCCUCAGCACUCACGAACGAUUUCUCUGCCGUUUAACCAUAUCGUCUCUGAAUUUACUGAGAGUGAUAGCGGAGGAAGAGAAAUGUUCGAUUGAAGAGUUGAAUGCGGGCAGAUUAUGCGACUGGUUUCUUAAGGAUAAGUUGAAAAGAGAGCAGAAUUUGGAUUCUGCUGUUCUUCAAUGGGACGAUUCUGACCCUCUCUUCUGAGGUUUUUCUUCUACCACUCCUAUCCCAGCAUUCAGGACAGAUUGUUACUCAUAUUUUCAUUAAAAUUAAGAGAGAAUUUCGAAUUUUCUUUUUCUUUUCAUUUAGGGACAAGCUCAAUCAUACAAAAAUAAGGUUAACAAUGCUCUAUUAAGCUCAAAUUAACUGUUAAUUUAUUAAUUUAUUGUUAUUUUAGUAUGCACCUUUCGUCAUUCAAAUCAUGAUGAAAUGACUCUUAGUGUUUUAAUUUUAAGACCGACUUAUAAAAAAUAACUUUAGAUUUUGAAGUU